AGCUCAAUCUGUUCCCUUAAUCCUUUUCUGCCACCCCACCCCCACUACUCCCUCACAUUGACCCGUGUCCCUGGGCCUUUAAGAAUCGAAAGGGCUGGACUGAGGAAAGCGCUCACACCUCUCCCCACUCUACCCCUCUUUGCCAGUCUCAGCAGCAGCAGUCAGUGGUAGAAGAGGUGGAAACGAGUGCAAAGAAAAGGACCCAGGCCGGGUUUUCUCAGCCCACCACAGAGAGCAUCUCAGAGCAGAGAUCCGGAGGCAUAGCUCAUAAACAGGACUGCUAUCCAACCUCGGUGACUCUAGUGCCAGCUGGUGGAGCAGUGGGUGAUGGCAUCGCAGAUUCAAGACCGGCUAGCCACUGAUCAGGACCUGCUGCUGAUGCAAGAAGGCACCAUGAUCCGUAAGGUGAGAUCCAAAAACUGGAAGAAGCUAAGAUACUUCAGACUUCAGAACGACGGCAUGACAGUCUGGCAUGCACGGCAGGCCGGAGGCAUAGCCAAGCCCACCUUCUCGAUCUCUGAUGUGGAGACACUACGUAAGGGCCAUGAUUCUGAGUUGCUGCGCUGCCUGAUGGAAGAGUUCCCUUUGGAGCAGGGCUUCACUGUUGUCUUUCAUGGCCGCCGCCCCAACCUGGACCUAGUGGCCAACAGUGUUGAGGAGGCCCAGGUUUGGAUGCGAGGACUCCAGCUGUUAGUAGAUCUUGUUACCAGCAUGGACCACCAGGAGCGACUGGACCAAUGGGUGAAUGAUUGGUUCCACCGUGGAGACAGAAAUGAGGAUGGUCGGAUGAAUUUCCAAGAAGCUCAACGGUUGCUACAUCUGAUGAAUGUGGAAAUGAAUGAAGACUAUAUCCUCAAUCUUUUUCAGGCAGCAGAUGUGUCCCAGUCUGAUACUCUGGAAGCAGAAGAAUUUGUGAAUUUCUAUAAGGCAUUGACUAAGCGUACUGAGGUUGAGGAACUAUUUGAAAACUUUUCAUCUGAUGGGCAAAAGCUGACUCUGCUGGAAUUUGUGGAUUUCCUUAGAGAGGAACAGAAAGAAAGAGACCAUGCUCCUGACCUUGCUUUGGAAUUCAUUGACCGCUAUGAGCCUUCGGAGAGUGGCAAAUUGCGGCAUGUGCUGAGCAUGGAUGGCUUCCUCAGCUACCUCUGCUCAAAGGACGGAGACAUCUUCAACCCAGCCUGCCUCCCUAUCUACCAGGAUAUGACUCAACCUCUGAACCACUACUUCAUUAACUCCUCUCACAAUACCUACUUACUGGGGGACCAGCUUUGUGGCCAAAGCAGCGUUGAAGGAUACAUACGGGCCCUGAAGCGGGGGUGCCGCUGUGUGGAGGUGGAUGUAUGGGAUGGGCCUGGUGGGGAGCCCAUUGUUUACCAUGGACAUACCCUGACCUCCCGUAUCCUGUUCAAAGAUGUCACGGCAACACUGGCACAGUAUGCCUUCCAGACAUCAGACUACCCACUCAUCCUGUCCCUGGAGAACCACUGCAGCUGGGAGCAGCAAGAGACUGUGGCACGACAUCUGACUGAAAUACUGGGGGAGCAGCUGCUGAGCACCACAUUAGAUGGGCUGUUCAAUCAGCUGCCCUCACCAGAGCUGCUUCGAGGGAAGAUCUUGGUGAAAGGGAAGAAGUUAAGAAUAUUUGAGGAUAUUGUGGAUGAAGAAGAGGAGGAACAGCUGGAGCCAGACCCCUACUGUGAGUCAGAGACUCAGCCUCAGCUUCAACAUGAGACCCAGGAGUUAACCCCUAGGAACAGGAAAAAAAAGAAGGUUGUGAUGUGCCCGCUGUCUUGUCUGCCUAUCUGUGGUCAUGUUAUAGCCCAGCCUCCUAGUUCCAUUCCUGAGUCCCUUCUCUUGUCCAAGCAGAAUUCCACUCUCAUCUUGUGCCCAGCCCUGUCUGCCCUGGUUGUCUACUUGAGGACAGUCUCCUUCCAGAGCUUCACUCAUUCCAGGGAAAACUACCACAUCUAUGAUAUAUCAUCCUUCUCUGAGACCAAAGCCAGAAACCUUAUCAAGGAGGCAGGUAAUGAGUUUGUGCAGCAUAAUGCCUGGCAGUUAUGCCGUGUGUAUCCCAGUGGUUUGAGGACUGACUCAUCCAACUUUAACCCCCAGGAACUCUGGAAUGCAGGCUGCCAGAUAGUGGCUCUGAAUAUGCAGACUGCAGGGUUUGCCAUGGACAUCUGUGAUGGGCUCUUCCGCCAGAAUGGUGGCUGUGGCUAUGUGCUGAAGCCAGAAUUCCUGCGUGAUACCAUGAGCUUCUUCAAUCCCGAGAAGCCCAUCAGCCCUUUUAAGGCCCAAACCCUCUUAGUUCAGGUGAUCAGUGGUCAGCAACUCCCCAAAGUGGACAAUACUAAAGAGACAUCCAUUGUGGACCCACUGGUGAGAGUAGAGCUCUUUGGUGUUCCUGAAGACACAAGGCAGCAAGAGACCAAUUACGUGGCGAACAAUGGUUUUAAUCCACACUGGGGGCAGGCACUGUGUUUCCACGUUCAGGUGCCUGAACUCGUUAUGUUGCGUUUUGUGGUAAAGGAUUAUAACCGAAAAACCCGGAAUGACUUCCUUGGUCAGUACACCCUGCCUUGGACCUGCAUGAAACAAGGCUACCGCCACAUACACCUACUCUCCAAGGAUGGCACCAGCCUUCACCCUGCUUCCAUCUUUGUGUACAUCUGCAUUCGUGAAGACCUGGAGGUAGAUGAAUCCUGAGGCUCGGCCCCAUUCUCAGAUCUACUGCUAAUCUCUCUCAUCAAUUGUUGGUGCAAAGGCAGAUUCCAACUAGAAACACAGAGGGGCUUGAAGAAGAGAAAUCUACAGAAGCAUUAUUCCCUCUACCUCCUAACUUCCUCAAAGUCCAGAGCCAAGGAAAGGACAUAUCAAGGCUCAAGGUUGGGGAAAGAUGUCUGACCCCAGGCCUAUAUGACUCUCCAGAGAACACCGCUCAGCCCUUAGUCUCCACUGGACUGCUGCUUCUUAGCUGGUGUAAAUAGAGCUUCUCUCUCCAA